AUGUCCCCAGGAAGACUACAAGGUCUUCAGAUCCCGGAGUCCACCGUGGCUAUUACCACGAAAAUCAUCGACCUGACGACCAUCUCCGGCUCCUCGGCCAACAACCUGUACCACCCGCCGAUUCCUGGCGUCGAGCGCGUCAGACCCGUGCCCUCGCUGUCGUUCCUCCUCGAACACCCUUCUGGUCAAAGGCUGUUGUUCGAUCUCGGCGUCCCGAAAGAUCUCACCGUGCUCGGACCAGAGGUUGCCGAUCGGCUGAAGAAGGUUGGUCAUCGUAUCGAAGUGGAGAAAGACGUGGCGGAAGUGCUCGAGGAGAACAACAUUAGGCGAGACGAGGUUAACGCGGUGAUUUGGAGUCACACUCAUUGGGAUCACAAGGGCGAUGUGGCUCUGUUUCCCCCAACGACCACACUAGUCCUCGGCCCUGGCGCACAGGAAACCUUUUUGGGCCCUGGCGGAGGCAACUCGGGAGUCGGGGGCAUCAAUGAGAGGGACGUCAAAGGCAGAAAGAUCCACGAGCUCAACUUUCAAGGCCCCGGGUCUUUGGAGAUCGGCAGCUUUCGCGCCUUUGACUAUUUCCUCGACGGCUCGCUCUACCUCCUCGACACGCCGGGACACAGCGUCGGCCACCUGUGUGCUCUGGUUAGAACGACCGCAGACCCCGCCACGUUCCUCUUCUUGGGCGGCGACUGUGCGCACCACUGCGCCGAAUUCAGACCCUCAGCACCGCUUCCCCUGCCGGCCUCGAUCCUGCCCAACCCUCUGCCGUCAAUGGACCGGGCGGUGCCUUUCUGCCCCGGAUCGUGUUUCGAGGACCUGAACGCCUCCCGAGGCCGACCCCCCAAGGGACCGCUGUGGCAACCAAAAUGGGGGGCUGACCUGGAGGAAGCCAUCCGUACCAUCGGCAGGAUGCAGGAGUUCGACGGCGACGACAACGUGCUGGUACUGCUCGCGCACGAUUCCUGCGUGAGGCAUGUAGAAAUGCCUUUCUUCCCCGAGGCGGUGAAUGACUGGAAGGCGCGCGGGCUGGGGAGGGAUCUCAAAUGGGAAUGGAUAGCUGAUAUAGAGAAGGGCCUCCCUGCGAGGAAUGCCAACAAUGCCGGAGACAACUCUGACUUGGCACCCGCGAGGUCUGAGAUGCUCCCUCACCUGCACCCGACCGGUGCCGAUGGAUCUACUCCACAGCGCGAAGACGAGUGUGAGGUCCUGAAUCGCGCUUCCAAAGGGAGCGCAUUUCUUGCGCCUUCACAGGGCAGCCCGUGGCCAAUAAACCGUGCAGCCCUGUCAUAUACAGGCGACGACGGCGAAACAGCUGGAUCGUUGGGGGAGCUGCUCAAGCCUGUGGAUUCGGCGCAGACGUUCAUCUUCGAAACGUACUUGGUUCCAGGCUAUGCUGCGAAGAAGACGCCGCCGGAGGAACUUGAGUUCCUGCGAGUCAAAGGCGCCUUCUCUAUCCCCCCUAAAGAUGUCUGUGACAAAGCAGUGAUCGCUUUCUUUCGCAAUGCGCACCCUCUCCUUCCUGUUCUCGACGCAAAGUCCUUUUUGGACCAGUACUCCCGGCGUGGCUGCGAAGGCGUCAGUCUCAUCCUGUUAUGGAGCAUUCUCCACGUCGCCGCCAGUUUCCUGCCCAUGGAAACGGUAAGAAAGUCCGGGUUUCAGACGAAAAAGGCCAUGAAGCUCGCAAUGUACCAGCAUGUCAAGCUGCUUUACGACAACAACCAGGAGACCGACCACUUCGCAUUGGUGCAGGCCGUUAUCAUUCUGGGAUACUGGCACCCAGACAGCCAGGACCGGUUUGAGGCCUGGCACUGGACGGGAAUCGCGAUCUCAAUGGCUCAGAGCAUGGGAUUACAUCGCUCCGCCUUCGGUGAGAGGCCGCGAGGUCCCCUACCGGCCGACAAGAUACGUUUGGCCCGGCGAAUCUGGUGGUCUUGCGUGGUCCGAGACCGAUGGCUUGCCUUCAUCAAAGGGCGGCCGAUGAGGAUUGAUUUGGAGGACUGCGACACGCCCUUGCCAAGUCCCUCCGACGUCGCUGAAGACCUGGAUGCGGUUCCUCGCCUUGUAAAGGAGAAGUGCAUCGUUUAUUCGUCGAACGUCGUUGGCGAGCUAUGGAGCAGCUUCGCGAGGUUAAGCAUCUUGUUGGGCAGAAUUUUGAGGCUACAUUCGAAGAAUCUGGGACGAGUUGACGCCGCAGAACUCGAGAAAUACGAGGCUGAACUGCAAGAAUAUGCAGCCCUGGCCACGAUUGGGCAGUCAUCGAAUCCAGCCAUCACAAUCAUGCUGUUCCGCCCGUUUGUCCUGUCUCGCCCCAAGGAUCCCGUGGAUGCGGUGCAGUCGUCGCACAGGACCAAAGCAGCCCAGAAAACGCGAGCUGCUGCAAACAACAUGAACGCCAUUCUGGAGCAAAUCAUGAACUUGGACCUGGUCGAUGCUAUAAGUCCCGCAAUCAUCAGCCCCUUGGUCCUGGCCAUGCAGAUCCAUCUGCUGGACUGUACGUCCAGUACUCGUUCGAUCUCGCGCCUUGGGCACCACAGGUUGCAGCUGUGUAUGAUCUUCCAGGCGGAGCUGAAAGACACCUACUGGGGUGCCGACGGAGCCUUCCAGAUGUUCGAACGCGCGCAAGAGAAGCUGCUGAAGACGGCCGAUCGAGCGGGCAAACAGAAUCCCUCCACCGCCUUGCCGAAUCCCGAGUCGGCGCAACCGCCUACGACUUUGACACCGACGUCCAACGACCUCAGUCAGAGCGAGAUGAUGCCCUCGGUCGAUGACAUCCUGGCUUUCGACUUCGCCUUUACCGGGUCGCAAGACUGUUUCAUGAAUGGCAUUGACUAUCAAAACGACGGGUCUGACCUGCUGAAUUCUUUUUUGGGCCUGGAAGAAUUCAACGAAUUUGUCGAGACCAGUCAGGCGGCGUCUACUGCGUGA